AUGCCUCCACUCUGGAGGCUAGCUCUUCUCCUAUGCUCCGCCUCAGCUACCAUAGCAGCUGCUGACUUGGAAGAUAUCAAGAAGCGUGAAACGAACCAAGGAGAAAAUAUGUUGAUCACCAUUGUAAGUGCAGAAAUGAAGAACCAGUUCGGAACAUACCCUUCCUCAAAUCUUAUAGACGGAGAUCUGGACAGUUUCGCUCACACAUCAGAAGCUGAAGACGGUAUGUGGAUGCGCGUUAAUCUGGAGAAGCAGUAUUCUGUUACUAAAGUGAUCAUCUACAACAGAGUACACAGUUGCUGUCAAGACAGGAUAGUUGGAGCUUCAGUCUUCAUAAAGACAGGAGAUGAGCAUGUUACUGAUUGUGGUACGAUUAGCAGAACAGAAAGUUCCUACACUUUUAACUGUGAAGGAGACGGAAAUGUGAUUGAGUUGAGUCAGGAAGGAACGGUAGGAGUAUGGAACAUUGCUGAGAUUCAAGUCUACGGCACACCUUCAGAAGUGACCUGCACCAGACCCGCAGUCUCAGAUGCCACAAUUACUCCCGCAGCUGAGACUAUUGGCGAUGGCGAGGUUUACACGAUAAAAUGUGAUGAGGAAUUGAUCGAUAUAACUGAUGCUGAUGGUGCUAGUUCACGCAAAGCAACAUGUGAUGCUGGUAAACUGUCCAAGUUGCCAAUCUGUGCAGCUUGCAACGUUCCCUCUAAUAUGGGAGUGUACACUGUAACCAAUGUAACCACUCCUGGUACCUUUCUCUUGGAUGGUGACUCAGUUACUGUGUCUUGUGAACACAACCUGGUUAACUUCGGCAGUGACCUUCUUACUUGUGCAACGGGUGAUAAAUUCCAAUUUGACUUUCAACCUGAGUGCCUAAGUAAAGUCCCAAUAACAGAAACUAAAACUUCAUCUGGUGUUUCUGUACCCGCUGUAAACGAUGACAGCAAUUUGGAGAACAUUCAAUGGGUCAGGUCUAAUGAACAGGAGGUCUGGAUUGAAGUGUUCUUCGACUCGAUCAAUGCUAUAAGCAUCGUCAAAGUGUUCAAUAAAGACGGCUGCAUGGCUUCGGAUUCAUACGAUUUAAAAAUAUCUGCGAAAAGAGAUGAUCAGUACAUCCUGGAUUGCGGGAACGUUUGGUUCUGGAACGUUGGUAGUCGUUCCAGAACCAAACGAUAUGACUGUGCUCUUCAAUUCCGAUGUGGGUCGUGGUUUGAAGCAACCUCGAUCAAAAUAACAGAUGCCAAUCCAACAUAUGACGGAGAGAAUGUCGUGAUGAAAAUAACAGAAGUCAUUAUUGGUCGAGCAGCCAGUAUGUCUGUAGGUAUAACCACAGAACCUACAGUUUUAAAAGAAACAGAUAACAAUGACGUGUCCAUAAUAUGCACGGUGAAGUACGACCCUCUUUACUUUUUUGAAGGAUUUACUUUGAGGGUUCAGCAUUUUUACAAAGACGUGGCGGGGGUGCAACCAAAACAGAUAUCGUCGAAGGAUCUUAAGGAUGGCUGUUCCUACUCUGAAGAGGAAUUGGUGUAUACUAUUCCAGUGGCGAAUAAAGGGCACAAUGGCCCUUAUCGUUGUAAAGCUACAAAAUGGAAGAGCAUAACUCUAACACUUGCAUUUGUUAUCAAAGUAGCCCCAGUCAUUCCUUCCAUAAAAACUUAUCGAUGUAGGGAAGUCAUUUUUACUUGUAAAAUCCAUGGUGAUAAACCGCGUGCAAUAAAAUGGUUCAAGGAUCAAUCUGAAAUAUCUGCUGUAGCACCGUAUGAAAUAUAUGUUACGAGUGCCGACUCCUACUCUGUUCAUAGUUACUCAGCUAGCUCACUGGGUUUGGUCUGGAAUGGGACCUUAGUGGUAGGGUAUUCCACCUUGGUAAUCACUCCGGAGGGAACAAAGACUGCUAAAGAAGUGCAGUAUCGGUGUGAGGUCUACUGGGACUUGAAUGGAAAUGAUGUUUUGAUCAGCACACAUUUUAAUCUCCUGGUUCACGACGUUUAUGUGGGUUUGGAAGAACGUGAGGUGAUGACAGGAACCACAACAACACUCUCUUGUGUUGUAGACGCUCCCCCAGAGACAACCACUCCGUUUGAUAUCACAUGGACUGGUGGCGAUGUAACCUGGGACUCUAAAAAUCCCACUACAAUAUCCGACUACUCUAUAUCUGCCGGAGUACUCGUAGACCAGGGAGUUGAUGAUAACUCAGCAGCACCCCGGAGAAGGAGACAGGUAACCACACUUGAGGUCCUAUCAGCAGCUGUUGUUCACGAUCUUCAAUACACCUGUACUGUGGACUCUACUACGUUUAACCUGGAGAAUGCUGACGACAAAUAUUAUCUUAAUUUGGGAGUAUAUGAUGUCACCCCUGUUAGUAAAAACGUUUACCGAGGGGACUUCUCUUCGGAGACAAUAUCUUGCGUAGUAACGAACAUGGUGUCUACAGAACAUACCAUUCUUUGGCAACCUGAUGAUACGAUGUCUGGUGAGGACAUUACCUGGAUUUCACCAUCCGUCACAUCAGAGUUAACCUUGAAGAAGGACCUAGUAACAGAUGACCACGUGUAUAGGUGUGAAGUUCAGGCUACCACUAAGUCAGAGCCUGCUUCCAUCGAAGUUCAUCUCAAUUUCUACUCAAUCGAAAUUAGUCAGUCUGUAGAAAUCCGAACACUGAGCGAGGCUGUCACCUUAACUUGUAAGGUAACAGAAAUAAGUCAUGACAUGUCGAUCGCCUGGUUAUUCACACCAAAUUACAUGAGUGAGUUAAUGUUUCAUCAAGAGUUUGAUGUGGAAUCAAGUUUGAAGUUCAGUGAGCUGAAUGUGGUUAGGGAGGCGACAGAGCAAGAUAGGGCCUACACCUGUAGGGUGUCCUCUACUCAGCAAACCUUUACUACUUCAACAGCUCGGGAAUUUACUGUGGACCUCAAUGUUUAUGACGUAAAUGUUAUCAACAAAGACAUCCAAAAAGACAGUAUUGGUGAACAAAUAAUGAUCACUUGCGAAGUAUCAGGGAUAUCAGUUGAUCCAGAGAUAAUUUGGUCAAACACAGAUCAAAAUGGAGCGGUUCAAGAUAGUGAUGCCGGAACUUUCGUUAACAAUAGGAAAACAUCCGUUUUGACUGUAACUUUGAAUUCGGCAGAGGACACACAAUUCUUUUGUAAGAUUGAAAGCGAUGAAACAAAGAAGUUGACUGGGACACAAGAAACUGCAGCCAUAUUUGUUUAUGACGUUGAACCGAAGAGUACAGAAGUGAUAAAGAACACGGAAGCAAAGAUAUCAUGCACAAUAACUGACAUUUCCGCGGCUAUGAAAAUAACAUGGUCGGAGCUUAUAACAUCGGGUGACACGACCCCCAUCUCCGUCUCAGAUACAUUUUAUCCGAAAAAUGAAAACCAGAUCAGCAUAAUCACAGUGACAUCAGAAGUAGCAACCUCUGACAAGGUGUUCACUUGUACGGUUUCUUCCCUGCAGAACCCAACAUCUGACCAAACAAACUUUCAAGUUGAACUGAAGGUGUAUGAUGUUGCUGUAAACGGACGGGAAGUCUCCAAAGGAACAACUACGACAUUAACCUGCGUUGUAUCCAACCUGUCUCAGAUAAAACUGAUACAAUGGCACGACGAAGCUGAUAAAAUACAAGCCUCUGUUCAUGUUGAUGAAGAUAUUACUGCUGGGGGAUCUCAACGUUCAACACUAACAAUCCCCAAUCCAACUGAGUCUAAAGUGUUCACGUGUCGAGUAUUUUCUACUCUCUACCCUGACAGUCCUCCCUCUGAUACACCUGUUCAACUUUACGUUUACGAGGUAGCUGGACCUAGCAUAGAAGUAAAAACAGGAGUAACCGUUACUCUCAUCCUCACCAUCUCCAAUGUACGGGAAAUUGGCGUUACUGUCACGUGGAAAGAUAGCUCAGGCAAUGUAUUGGACGUGGGAACGGAAUCUGAAUACUCCGAAGAGGUUCAAGUAUCCACACUGAGUCUACAAAACGUUCAGUUAGAGUCCGUCUACACUUGUGCAGUGAAUUCAAAGGAAUUUGCGGAAUCGGAGUCGGCAGAUCAUGUUAUCACAUUGAAGACUUAUGACGUGAUACCUUCACCGGACCACCUAGUGAAGACUGGAACAGAGGUAACUUUAUCUUGUGAGAUAUCAGACCUUGAUGAAGCAGUCAGUGUUGAAUGGUUGAAAGAUACAACAGUCAUUUCACACGGAGGAGACUACACUGUGUCACUAAGCAAUCUGGAGUCUGGUAAACAAACAGCGACUUUGCUAAUAGGAGGGGCAGCAGUAAAACAGGACUCUGAUUACACUUGUAGAGUAAAGUCAAUACAGUAUGACUCGUCACCCUACUCGGACACACAAAUCAGAUUGGAAGUGUAUGAGGUGGAGAUGACCUCACAAGCUGUUAUAGUCGGCGGUGCAGCAACCAUAACAUGUGCAGUAACUGGACUAGGAUCCAAUACUGCCGAAAUCUCUUGGCUUCCAGAUGCUAGCGGACCUGUUUCAACUGGAGAUCUUGAUACGAACAUUAGUUCCCGAACAUCAACGCUUACAAUAGCUAAAGUGACUCAAGAGACAUACAAUAUAAAUUUCAUUUGUGUGGUCAAAUCGGACUCAGAGAAGUACUCAAACUCUCCUGCGUCAAAUACUGAGAAACAUGUCAAUUCUUUCAGUGUAGAAGUGAGCCACAGAGAGGUGAAGAAGAACACGGAAACGGAGAUAUCGUGCACCAUAACAGAAAUUGGAGCUGCUAUGGAGAUUACUUGGACAGGCUAUACAAAUAAGAACUACUUUAACUUAUCGCCAGCAGUGGCAAUUGGCCGUGAUUCUGAGUCGCAGACCAGUACUCUUAUUGUCGGAUCGGAAGCAGUAGUUGCCGAUGCUACUUAUACUUGCACAGUAUCUUCUGUGGUAGAAGGGAACCUAUUUGAAACCAAGAACUUUGACGUUCAACUAUUUGUCUACGAUGUGAACGUUCACGACAGAGAAGUAGCUAAGGGGACCACAACUACACUAACCUGCAUCGCGUCUGAGUUAACUCAGGAAAUGGAGAUCAAGUGGAUCCUCGAAGAUGUAGAAUUGGUGUCGAGUAAUGAAUACACAGUAACUGAAGUGAACAAUAAUGGCUUAUAUGAAUCACAAGAAUCAAAAUUAACUAUUCUCAACCCAACUAAAUCAGAAGACUUUACCUGCCGAGUAUCCUCGACUCUUUAUCCGGAGAGUCCUAGUUCUGAAACCGUUGUCCAUCUCUACGUUUUCGAUAUAGCAGUAACAGGAGUAGAAGUUAAACAAGGAGAGGCUGCCUCACUUACCUGUACCGUGACUAACUUUCUUACAAGGUGUGUAACCGUCGAAUGGAAAUAUAAGCAAGUGACAGUUAUUGAACCUACUGAUUACAAUGAAGUUUCUGUACUGAGUUUGAAAGACGUUCAAUCAGAUUCUGUGUACACUUGUGUGGUAAAAUCUAAAGAAUUUCCUGAAUCAGAGGCGACUGAGGAGACUGUAAACUUGAAAACAUACGUCGUUACACCAAAACACCGCCAAGUAAAGAUGGGAACAGAGAUAACAUUAUUUUGUGAGAUAUCAGACCUUGAUAAAGCAGUCAGUGUUGAAUGGUUGAAAGAUACAACAGUAAUUUCACACGGAGGAGACUACACUGUGUCACAAGGCAGUCUGGAGUCCGGUAAACAGAUCGCAACUCUAAUGAUAAACACGGUUACAGCAGACACAGUUUUCACUUUUAGAGUCCAGUCAAUUCAGUAUGAUAACUCUCCAAGCUCCGACACGGAAGUCACACUGCGGGUUUACGGAGUAGAAAAUCUCCAAAAGGCUGUUCUUGUCGGCGAUCCAGCAUAUUUGACCUGCAAACUAGUCGGACUAUCAUCCAAUGACGUGGAAAUAUCGUGGUUACCCAGCAAUAGUGGAACGUCAACUCCUGGAAAUCUUGAUACCACGACUGGGGUCAAAAUAUCAACCCUCACUAUAAGUAAUCCUCAAACAGAUAACACUUACACCUGUUUGGUCAAGUCAGAGCUUUACCCGGACUCUCCUCCAUCGGAGACUGAGCAACGCCUGGAUACUUUCGGUGUUAAAGUGACUAACAAAGAAGUAAAGAGUGACACAGAGACAAGUAUGUCAUGCACAAUAACAGAUAUUAAAACUGAUAUGAGGAUCACCUGGUCGGGGUAUCUCGAUACUGAUAUUAUAAACUACAGUACCAAUAUUGACGAUUCAGUCAGUGGUUCCCGAAGCAAUGUUCUGACAAUAAAGUCAGGAGCAGUCAGCACUGAUAGGAAGUUCACAUGUACUGUUCAAUCGGUUCAGAGCUUGGUAUCAGAGAUCAAAACCUUUGACGUUCAACUUCUUGUUUAUAGUGUUCAUAUCCAGAACGGAAUUGCAGCUAGUGCAAGUACUUUUACUCUGACCUGCAUUAUUUCCGACCUAACUCAAGAAGUAACAAUAGAGUGGCGUCUGGGUGACAAUAAGUUGGAGACUGAGGGGAACUACUUAGUUGAUGUUGUAGAUAGUAUCCACACAGACAGAUCACAGAUAUCGCACUUGACCAUCCUUCAAACAACUCAAUCAGAAGUUUUUACCUGCCAAGUAGCUUCGACACUUUAUUUGGAGAGUCCAGUCUCUGAAACCUUAGUCUAUCUAGACGUUUACGAUGUAGAAGUUCAAGACAGAGAAGUAGUUACAGGAACCACAACUACGCUAACCUGCAUUGUUUCUAGCUUAAUAAAACGAGCUAAAUCUGUAUCUGUCGUGUGGCUUCUAGGGAGUGAGGAGUUGAAUUCGAAUAUCGUUAAUGUCUUCAACACUGAUGGAUCGCAAAUAACAUCAAAAUUGACCAUCCCCAAUCCGACUAAAUCGGAAACUUUCACCUGCAAAGUAUCUUUAGAUAGUCCCAUCUCAUCAACCCCAGUCCAUUUAUACGUCUACGGUAUAACUGAAGGAACAGGAGUGGAAGUUAAACAAGGAGAUACAGUCUCACUAACAUGCGCAGUUUCAAACAUCCGACAAACUGGUGUGACCAUGCAAUGGAUUGAUAGCUCUGGUUCGGUUACGGAAACUGUUGAUUCCAGUACUGGAGCUCAAAUUUCUGUAUUAAGUUUGGAGGACGUGCAAUCAGAUUCUUUUUACACUUGCGUGGUAAAAUCUAAGGAAUUCCCUGAUUCGGAGUCGACUGAGGAGACUUUCAUUCUAAAAACAUAUGCCGUGAAGCCCAAAGAUCAAGAAGUAGAACCUGGGAGUGACGUGACGUUAUCUUGUGAGAUAACCGAUCUGGAUAGCACAGUUAAUGUUGCGUGGGUGAAUGAAGCAGGUGACAUUGUUACAGAUGGAGAACAGUACACAGUGACACACUCUCAGGAAUAUAAUUGGGAUCACGUGACUACUCUUGCGUUAGAGGGCAGUACUGUUACAGAGGAUUUGUCGUUCACAUGCAGGGUGAAGUCAGUUGAGUUCAGUAACUCUCCAAGCUCUGACACUGUUGUAAAACUGGUAGUCAAUGGCGUCUGCAUGAAAGAGGUAUCACUGACAUUGGGGAAAUUUGGGAAGGGACCUUGGGUGUUCAAUGAGACGAGAGGAAGACAAGAGUUCUCCAUCGCUUGUACUGAUGGGUAUGUUAGGAGGGCGUGUUUACGAACAGGACAGUGGGAUGAUAUAGAAUCUUCUAGCUGUACUUUACUCGUGGACAAGAUCAACAGGGAGAUUGAUAGUUUAGGUGAAGAGGCCACUUUUGAGCAAGUUGAAAGUGUUGUGAAUAACUUGUCUGGGAUGGAUGAAUAUGUCAAAGAUAAUCCCCACAAAGCUGGUCAAGUUAUCAACUCCUUGUCAAAACUCAACAGCAAAUUCCGUGUUGUUAAAACUCCCAAUGCUGUGGAUUUAAAAAAGGCGGUGCUUGGAUCAGUAUCCUCUGUUCAAAACGUUAAUAAACAAAGUAAUAUACUGAAAGAUGAAGAUAAACAGCAAAUUAUUCCCAUGAUCGAGGCCCUCGCUCAGUCAGUCGAUAGCACAGAAGGCACUCUAGUAAAUGAGCAAAUUACUGUAAAAUCGGUCAGCAAAAGUAACGAACCCAUCACACUUGAGAAGCCUAGCGAAAUGAAAGGAUCGGCAGUAAUGUUCGAUUUCGGAAGAAACCGAGCCACAAGAGCAACAGUAGCAGUUAUGGCUGAAGAUUUUAUGGGUAUCUUACCUCAACCAUUAAGUAACGGAACUAUGGAGUCUCCAGUAAUAUCUGUGAAUUUUAUGGAACAAGAAGGAGAAGGUUCCGCAGAAUUCACUAUUCAUUUUCCGAAGGAAGCGAACAAGUCUAGUUUCGUAAAGGGAAUAGAGAAGAACUACACUUGCGUAUACCUGGACACUGUCACCUCUGAAUGGAAGGGGGACGGGUGCGUGAUAUCUUACAAACCUGACGGUGGUCACACCUGCUCUUGUAACCACACAACUAGCUUUGCAGUUCUGCUGAGUUUGACAGAUGUAACAGAUCCAUAUCAAGAUCUCGUGUCCUAUAUCAUGUUGGGAGUAAACAUGUUCUUUCUUCUCAUUACAUUUUUGCUUGUUGCUCCAUUCAGAGAGCUGAGGAGGAAACAGUUGGCGAUAUGCCAAGUGAACCUCAUUUUAUCUCUACUCCUUGCUAAUGCUGGGUUUACUGUUCUCUCUUCUUUAGCAGUAGUUACUGUGGACCACAGAGGCAUGCCGAUGUUGAGCCUGAACACUGGUUGUGUGACAGGAGCAAUCAUUGUACAGUAUCUCUUCUUAUGUUCCUUUAGCUGGAUGGCUUGUACUGCUUACACUCUACACUCCAAGAUUGUGGAUGCACUGAAGAGUUUUGGUAGAUCAGACCCAUAUUACAUGUUGAAAUGUGCGCUGAUCAGCUGGGUAUCCCCAGGUCUGUUGCCACUGACUGCUUUCACCGUGUCCUACGCUACCAACUACAGGAGGGAUCAGUACGACUCAUCUUAUGUCGGGAAGCCUGGCGCGGAGACAGGGAGUGUCUGCUGGGUGGAGAACCCCUGGAGACUGUACACCUUCAUGUUACCCUGCUACCUGAUCUUGAUGGUUGAUGCGGGCUGUUUCGUCAUGAUAGCUAGGGUUGUUAUCAAAUCCGCCAAAGCUGGGAGUAAUCCAUCCAACCUAGAGAAAGCGGCUAAAGCAUUGUUUGCAGUGGGAGCGUCUGUGGGACUCCCCUGGGUGUUUGCUGCCCUGACAAUUAUAAAGCCUCUUGCUAACGUGUUCCAGUACAUCUUCAUCAUCCUGGCUGGACUUCAGGGACCACUGCUGUUUGUAAGCUUGGUAAUUCUUCAAGAUGAUAUCAAGAUUCACACGUUAAAGCUAUUCGGAUUUACACUACCGAAAAAAGGAGAUCGACCAACAACCUCUGCAGCCGGUCCACAAACUGCCACUACAACUAUUCAACCAUCAGUUGGGCCAUCGGGUAGCCGAACAGUCACUACCAAGGAAAUCCCUGAAUUUAAAUUUGUGGCACCACAAGAAUCAGCUGAGCUUAUGACCAAACCACCAAACAGCGAAAACGUGAUAUCAAGAAGUAACCCUGAAUUAGUUAUGAAGGAAGAUGAGAACGAGCCAAGAAUCAUUUUGCUACCUGGCCCAUGCAGCGAGGAAAAGUACUCAAACCAUUAUGAGAAGUAUGACUUGGCGAUUCAGCCUAACACUAACAGCAGCAACUAUCCACUGAACUAUGAAAACGAGGAAGAGAACAUCGUGAUACCUAUUGUGAAGAUUCCAAUACGGUCCAAGGGCAAGGAGAUAAAGAUGCACGGUUUCGAUAAUAAAAAAAUCAACUACACCUGCUGACCUAUUUAGACGAGGAUUUUAACGAAAGGAAAACAAUUAACUCACCAAACCAGACUGAACAACGAACAGUUAGGGGUCGUUCACAUAUUACGUAUUAUCACGUUUUGGCCAAUUUUUGCCCCCCACCCUUCGUAAUCAGUUAAAUACACAUAGUUAUUGGAUUAAAAUUACACUAGCGUAAUCAUUUGGAAACCCCAUCAAGGAUUACGUAAUAUGUGAAUGACCCCUUAGGCAUGAUCUGACAAACUGUUAUUAUUGUGAAAUCAGACAUAAGAAAGCAGAAUGUGAUCACACAACCGAUGACGGAUGGCCAUUUCUCAGAUUUUAUAAGUGAGAAUCUUAGUUCGGCCUUUUUAAACUUUGAACAAGCAAUAAAACAGAGUUGUUAUUUUGCGGCCCAUUUUUAGAUUAAGAACGCAACUUUCGUUUUUCAGAUUUUACGUUUUUUAUUUUGCGACUAUUUUAUCCUUUUGAUUUCGUUUUGGAUUGAUUAAUAUAAUAAUAUAAUACUUCCUUUAAUAUAGUUUUUAGGCCUUCCAGCUUUUUAUGAUUUUUCGCGUAAUUUGUUCAAUUUUAUUUGAUUUUGUUUAGAUUUUACUAUUGUUCCACUUAUUC